AUGGUAAUCUGCUUGUAUGUCGACGACCUUAUAAUAGCCAGUGAUUCUCUACAAAUGAUAAAUCAACUCAAAGAUUCAAUGAAGAAAGUAUUUGAAAUGACUGAUUUGGGAGUAUUACAUUACUUCUUGGGCAUGGAGGUUAAAUAUAAAGAAGGAAAUAUAGCAUUAUCUCAGCAAAAAUAUGCCAAAGGUUUACUCAAGAAAUUCAAUAGGGAAAAAUGUAAUACAAUAUCUACUCCUAUGGAAUAUGGUGAACGACUAUCGAAAAAUGAUCUUGAAGACGAGGUAAAUGAAAACUUAUAUAGAAGUCUGGUGGGAUGCCUCAUGUAUUUAACAAAUACUCGGCCGGAUAUAAUGUUUGCGGUUAGCAAAAUAAGUCGGUUCAUGGAGAAGCCAAAAAGGAGUCACUGGGAAGCAGGAAAACGAAUCUUAAGAUACAUAAAAGGGACAAUAAAUCAUGGAAUCAUAUAUUCGAAGGGAAGUAAAGGGAAGUUAGUCUGGUUCAGCGACAACGAUUAUGCCGGAAAUAUAGAUGACAGCCAAAGCACGUCUGGUUACAUAUUUCACUUAGGUUCGGGAGCAAUAGCAUGGCAGUCCAAGAAACAAAAGGUUGUUGCACUAUCUUCGACUGAAGCAUAA